AAUGGAUAAAGACUAUUCUCAAAAGCCAGAGAUUAAGAGGAAGAAUAUCCAUCAGCAAUUUGAGGAAGGAGAGGAAUACGAUGACCAUCUAGAAUCUUAUUCUGAGGAUAAUGACCCAACCAAUCCUGAAGAGAAUAUUUCGAUGCCUAAGAAGAAGAAUCUCGAAAUAGAGAUCAUUGAGCAUCCUGAAGUCAAUAGCAAACCUGAACAGAUAGCUAAAGGAGAUGGAUCAGUUGAAGGAACAGAUCCAAACCAGUAUUCACAACAAGAGCCAGAUUAUCGUAAAGGUACUGAAAAUGAAGAAUUCGAGGAGGAAUUCGAAGAGGAGGAGUAUGAAGAAGAGGCUGAAGAGGAACCCCAACCUCAUAGAUACAAAAGUUUCGGUGACCCAGAUCCUCAAUCAAGUGGGGAGCAUCAGGAUCAUGAGCCUGUCCAUCAAGAAAUUGAACAUGAUGAAGGAGAUUCUAAGAUUUCUAAUAAUUUAAUGCAGCAGUUCAUGCAAAAUAAGGAAGAGUUCAACAAAACAUCAAAAUUCAAUAAUCAAGAUCAGCAGCCCAGCUUUGAGGAGCAAGACCAAUACACUGAAGAAGUUGAGCAAACAGAGGAAAGCAAGAUAGAUGAUGACCUCGUCGAGAGGCAAGCCCGCGAAGCAGAGGAAUUACUGGAAGAAGCUCAAAAGACAAUGCAAGAGGAUGAACAUGAGCGUUCUGAUGAAGAAAAAGAUGAGGAAGAUGAAAUUGAAGAUAUCGCCAAAAUGGCUCAGCAAAACCGUAUCUACGAGCUCAACCCAGACGAAGAGGAAGAAGAGGAUGAAGAGAAUAAGAACAUAACUGAAGGAAGCAACAAAUUCGAGCUGAACUACACAGUCGGUCGGAUAGAGGAUGGGUCAGCAAUCCUUAUCUCUAAGGACCAUAACCUGAUCGAGAUUCCUCUGUGACUCCUUCCCAGUGAUAUCGGGCCAGGAAAUAUCCUCAGAUUUUCUGUUGACCGGAAUAUCAAAGCUGAGCAGAAGAGAAUUGAUGAGAUUUUGUCAAUUCAAAAGCAAAUUUUAGAAAUUCCUGAUUUUUAG